AUGGGUUGUGUAAGUCGCGUUCUAAGGAAAUGCACUAUCAGAAAACGAACCGGUGUCUAUGGAGGAUAUCUUCUUGCCUGUUAUGAUCCCGACUCGGAAGAAUUUCAAAGUAUAUGCAAGAUCGGUACUGGAUUCAGUGAUGAAGAUUUGAAAACGCAAUAUCAACUGUUGCAGCCAUAUAAAGUCGAGAUGGCUCGCACCUAUUAUGCUUACGAUGAAUCGUUGAAGCCGGACGUGUGGUUUGACCCUAACAUUGUGUUCGAGGUUAAAUGUGCUGAUCUAUCCAUAUCUCCGCGUCAUAUGGCUGCAAAAGGACUUGUAGAUAGUGAGAAAGGAAUAUCCCUUCGUUUUCCUCGUUUCCUUAGGAUCAGGGAAGACAAAAAGGGAGAAGAAGCCACGACAUCGUCACAAGUAGCGUCACUCUAUAAGAAUCAGGACCAAAUCCGAAAUCAGGCAGUCAAAGCAGAAGAGGAAGAGGAUGACGUUGAGUAUUAA